ACGCGGCAAUUGUAGGCUCUUUCCCAUUGAGCAAAAAACGCACACCGUGGUAGAUCACACGCGUCUCACCUCUUUAUAAUUGAGUGCCACUAUCAUUAAAAUAAACCGAGAUGGAAGAAAGUGGAGCAGUAAAGAAACAAGCAAUCGAAAAGCGUACUAAAGUUGAAGAAAAGCUGGAUGAUGCAGGUUCGAAAAAAUUGAAAAGCAUUUCAUCAGCGAAGCAUCCAAUUUCGGAAGAAGGAAAGAUACUUCAACACUCUGCUGAACUUACCGAUUCGAUGAACCUGCUGAAUACUGGACCAUCGGAUACAGCGCAACGCAAAGACGUCGUACGGGUUGAAGGCGAAGAAAACGGUCGGACUGUUGCAAAACGAAACGACUCUGACGCACCGAACACUAUUACGCCUUCUUCAGCUAGUGCCAUUUCUAAGAGGAAACAGGUUUUGAAAAAUGGGAUGAAUCCCCAAUUGUACCGUACGAUGAUGUGCCAAAGGUUCGUCAGUCAUAUAGAUGCAGCUGCGUUUGCACUAAAAGGGCACUAUGAAUUUGACUCGAUCUUCCGGCAGGAGAAAGAAAGCUUGUAUCCGACGCUGGUCAAUUCGUCCAUUACCAAUGUAGAGCGGAAACUCAUUAGUAAUAACGUCCGGAAACGUGUCCUUAUUGGUCGCUUUUCGCCCGCGUUCAUAAGCAAGAAACGCGUCGAGCUAGAAAAGCGCCGCGAAUUGUUGCGCUUUCUGAUGGCUAAUCCGAUGAUAGAGUACACAGAUGGUGUUAAUCAGUGGACCGUUCCGGAUCCGAUCCAAAUCGGAUCCAAGGUGAGUGUAAUGCUCUAUACGCCCCGGCUGUGGUGCUGCUUCGGGGAAGUUAUCGACAUAGAGUACCGAGAGAUUCCAAUGUUCAGAGUUCGGUAUGAAGCCGAUGGAAUUGUGCAAGAGCAACUAGUGCCGGACUAUUGCGUAGCGCUGGAAGAGGAAAGCGAAUAGUAAUUUUUCCUCCUUUUGAUAGUUGGGCAUGAUAGCUUCAUCAUAGCAACACUUCAUAAGAAACGACAUUCAUUAUAAAAUUUGGAAAAAACGCGUCAAGGUAAUACCAUAUCAUAAGUGGUCAGGAACAUUCGCACGCCAGUGGACGAAUGUUGCUACUGACUAUGAACUAUGUAUGGCCGAGCCGGAAUGCCGUACUUUCUGGCUGAUCAGUUGCUGGUAAACUCUGCCCAGUGGAAUAACAUUUAUAACACUCCAAUUCACCAAUCCGGAUGAAAGCUAGUGAGGUACAUGUCGGUCAUUUUGUAUCUACGAUCCAAAAAUUGAGUUAGGAGUUAGCCAUGACAUUCUUUAGAAAUAAGAAGAUAGAAACUGUUUCGAAUCUGUCGAAGGUUCGGUAUUUAACGCGGUCUGGUCAUUAGAAAGGUUGUGAUGAUUACAAUUGCCUUGAGACUGAGGUUAUAUAUUGUUAUAUAGCCACGACAUUCGGCUUAGAAAUUAGAAACUCUUUUGAAUGUUUCAGAGGAUUAGUAUAUCUAUAGAACCCAUUAGCCAAGUGAUACAUCUUUCUGAACUUGCCAAAAUGGACACUUACGCGGUCCCGCCAUUGGAAAGGUUGUGAUAACUGUAAUUGCUUUGAGGUUACGGAGAUGUAAGACUUGAGGUUACGGAGAUGUAAACUAUUAUUCACUUAAAGUUUGGAACUGUACAUGGUUAAAGAUGUUUUCGGCGCAAAGCAUUCAGUUAUUAUCCUUCCUAGGUUUACUAAACAUAUCUUACAAUAUCCAAUAUUAGCUUUGGUAUUUUCCUCGACGGACGGUUAGGCUUGAACGGUUUUAUUUUCUUUUAAUAGAUGAAUUUCAUUUUUAACACUAGUAAUAAGUUUGGUUGUUACCCUGCCUAGUUUUACUAAUCAUAUUUAACAACAUCCUAUAUUAUCUUUGGCAUGUUCCUCGACAGACGGUUAGGCUUGAAUGGAUUUUAAAAAUUCAUUCAACAAUAGAUGAAUUUCAUUUUAACACUAGUUAAAAGAUUUGGUUGUUACCCUGCCUAGGUUUACUAAACAUAUUUAAAAACAUCCUAAAUUAGCUUUGGCAUGUUCCUCAACUGUCGGUUAGGCCUGAACGGUUUCAAAAUUGCUUCUUAAAAAAUAAAUGAAUUUCAUCGUUAGCACCUGUAAAACAUUCGAUUGUUACCCUUGCCUAGGUUUACUAAACAUAUAUUAAAACAUCCUAGGUUAGCUCUUUAGCAUGUUCUUCAAUUGACGGUUAGGUCGUAGCGAGUUCAGAAUUUGAUGUUAAAACAAAAAAUAAAUGAAUUACAU